GCCGCCGCGGAAGCCCAGCCACCUAGAGACGCCGCGCCGCUUAAGUGCCGCUGUGCGUGCGCAGGCGGGCGGGCGCAGGAAUCUUCAUCUUUGCCGCCUUCGCCACCGCCUUCCCUGGAUUUGGGUCUCGUGCUUUUUUGGUUCGCUCACCUCUGGGUUCGCGCCUGUCUCGCGCCCCGGGACAGCGAAUCUGGGGAAGGGGUUGGAGGGGGCUGUUGAUCGUCGUCUUUAAAUUGUGAGCGGGGGCGGCCAUGUCGGCCGGCGAGGUCGAGCGCCUAGUGUCGGAGCUGAGCGGCGGCACCGGAGGGGAUGAGGAGGAAGAGUGGCUGUAUGGCGGCCCAUGGGACGUGCAUGUGCACAGUGAUUUGGCAAAGGACCUAGACGAAAAUGAAGUUGAAAGGCCAGAAGAAGAAAAUGCCAGCGCUAAUCCUCCAUCAGGAAUAGAAGAUGAAACUGCUGAAAAUGGCGUACCAAAACCGAAAGUGACUGAGACAGAAGAUGAUAGUGAUAGUGACAGUGAUGAUGACGAGGAUGAUGUUCAUGUCACUAUAGGAGAUAUUAAAACAGGAGCACCACAGUAUGGGAGUUAUGGUACAGCACCUGUAAAUCUUAAUAUCAAGACAGGGGGAAGAGUUUAUGGAACUACAGGAACAAAGGUCAAAGGAGUAGAUCUUGAUGCACCUGGAAGCAUUAAUGGAGUUCCACUCUUGGAGGUAGAUUUGGAUUCCUUUGAAGAUAAACCGUGGCGUAAACCUGGUGCUGAUCUUUCUGAUUAUUUUAAUUAUGGGUUCAAUGAAGAUACUUGGAAAGCUUACUGUGAAAAACAAAAGAGGAUACGAAUGGGACUUGAAGUUAUACCAGUUACUUCUACUACAAAUAAAAUUACGGCCGAAGACUGUACUAUGGAAGUUACACCAGGUGCAGAGAUGCAAGAUGGCAGAUUCGGUCUUUUUAAGGUACAGCAGGGCAGAACUGGAAAUUCAGAGAAAGAAACAGCACUUCCAUCUACAAAAGCCGAGUUUACUUCUCCUCCAUCUUUGUUCAAGACUGGACUCCCACCAAGCAGAAACAGCACCUCUUCUCAGUCUCAGACAAGUACUGCCUCCAGAAAAGCCAAUUCAAGCGUUGGGAAGUGGCAGGAUCGAUAUGGGAGGGCCGAAUCACCUGAUCUAAGGAGAUUACCUGGAGCAAUUGAUGUUAUUGGUCAGACUAUAACUAUUAGCCGAGUAGAGGGAAGGCGACGGGCAAAUGAAAACAGCAACAUACAGGUCCUUUCUGAAAGAUCUGCUACUGAAGUAGACAACAAUUUUAGCAAACCACCUCCGUUUUUCCCUCCAGGAGCUCCUCCCACCCACCUUCCACCACCUCCAUUUCUUCCACCACCUCCAACUGUCAGCACUGCUCCACCUUUGAUUCCACCACCAGGUAUUCCAAUAACUGUACCACCUCCAGGUUUUCCUCCUCCACCAGGUGCUCCUCCUCCAUCUCUUAUACCAACAAUAGAAAGUGGACAUUCCUCUGGUUAUGAUAGCCGUUCUGCACGUGCAUUUCCAUAUGGCAAUGUUGCCUUUCCCCAUCUUACUGGUUCUGCUCCUUCAUGGCCUAGUCUUGUGGACACCACCAAGCAAUGGGACUAUUAUGCAAGAAGAGAAAAAGACCGAGAUAGAGAAAGAGACAGAGACAGAGAGCGAGAUCGUGAUAGGGACAGAGAACGAGAACGCACCAGAGAGAGAGAGAGGGAGCGUGAUCACAGUCCUACUCCAAGUGUUUUCAACAGUGAUGAAGAGCGAUACAGAUACAGGGAAUAUGCAGAAAGAGGCUACGAGCGUCACAGAGCAAGUCGAGAGAAAGAAGAACGACACAGAGAAAGACGACACAGAGAGAAAGAGGAAACCAGACACAAGUCAUCUCGCAGUAAUAGUAGACGUCGCCAUGAAAGUGAAGAAGGAGACAGUCACAGGAGACAUAAGCACAAAAAGUCUAAAAGAAGCAAAGAAGGAAAAGAAGCUGGCAGUGAGCCUGCCCCCGAACAGGAGAGCACUGAAGCUGCACCUGCGGAGUAGGCACACUUUUCGCCUUUUGUGUAUAUGAGUACCAGAAAUAGAAACUAUAAAUCUUGUUAUUUUUCUGGAUAAUGUUUAAGAAAUUUACCUUUAAUCUUGUUCUGUUAGUAUGGAAAGUUUAACUUUUUUCCCAAAAUAAACGUGAAUUUUUCAUGUUAAGUUAAAAAUCUUUGUCUUGUAAUAUUUAAAAAAAAAUAAAAGACAGCUAUGACUUUAUAUUCAAGAAAGUAAUGUGAAUGAGUCACUUAGCAGGGAAUUUAAAGAGCUUUCUUUAGCUUAUGCACAUACACAGUAAGUAACUGAUGGAGGUCAAGGAUCCACCUUGGCCACAGGCUUCUUGUAAAUGCAUCACCAGUCCCAUAAGAAGUCGCACUGCAAAGGCAUUAAAAGGCCCCCCUGAGUCUUUAACAUUACUGCUAUGGCAGUCAUGCUUAAGCAUACUAAAGAACUUGUACACAUUUUUUUAUAUUAUAAUUUUUUAUAACAAGUUUUCAGCAUUAUAAAUUUGUGUCCAUGGUAAAACUGAACAGGAUACUUUUAUAUCCAAAUUAAUGAAAUCUAGAAAGCAUUUUGGUGACCUGUAAAGUAACUUUUUUCUGUGUAGUUUUUAACAGGCACAUGUAUAGAUACUCGUCACUGUGACACAACGUUGAAUUGCCUCAUGGCCAGCUCUGAGCCAGGGUCAAGCCGGUUUCACCUUUCUUGAGGUGUUUUCUAAGGCUUAUUGGUAGAGUAGCAUGUGGAUUUUUUAUACCAUUACUAACUAUAUUGUGAAUAAAAAUAAACUUCAUGAUAGGAGAUUUAGAUUAGUCAUUUCUUGUUAAAACUAAGAAAACAAAAAUGAAACUGAGAAUUUUAGGGAUAACUUUAGAAGGCAUUUAUAAGUUGUGGUAACAACUUGGUGUUUCAAAGAUAGAAUUACUGGGAUUUUUUAAAUGGAUGAUAAUAGAAGUAAACAAUAGAAUCACAUACAAAGACAACUAUGAUUUUUGAAAAAUAUUUUAUUUCUCAGUUGAUGAAAUAAAAUGUUUCUGAGCAAUGCAUUUUUUUUUUUUAAAAAUCCUCUGGCUUUUGAAUUAAAAAUCACCAUAUGCACUCUUUCUAAAACUAAGUAUAUACCAGAUUUUUUAUUUAAAUCACUGAUUUGAAUUCAGUGGGGCAUAUAAACCAUUUCAUUUGGACUUUUCAAUCAAAUGUAAAAAUAUAAACAAAGUUGUAAUGAUAAAUCUUUCACACUGAAUUAAAAACUAUUAAUAGUGGUUUUUAUUUUGAGAAUAUUCUCUGAGGUGUAACUGGCUUUCAUUAGGUCAUUUUUUUUUUUUUUUACAUUUUUACAAUGAAUUCUUUAAAUAUAAAACUUGAUAAAUACAUUGCUUCAACUUAGCCUAUUUGUGAUUUUUGUUUUUCUGAGGCCCAUCAUUGAUUUUAUAAAAAAGUGCCAGGCCAAGAAACAAUAGUGAGGGUAAUUCUUCCUUUAAGUUCUUUCAGCAUCCUUGCCAAGCAAGCAUGUAUCAUGCCUGAUGUACUUCUACCAUUGACAGCAAGAAGAAUAUCACCACAUCUAAAACAAAACAAGAUAGAUCAUUAAUAUUUUAGUCCAUUGCUAAAGUUAAGUUUUUAUUGGUCUUAGUUUUUGCUAUAUCUGAUCAUUUUAAUUGCAUAUUACUUCUAGUUGAGGAUCCCCCCACCCCCUCAAAUUCUCCAAACUCACUAUUCAUUCAGCUUGUGUUAGAAGGGAUGCUAAAAGUACAGGAAGUUGCAGUACUGGGACCAAGAGGGCGUGUAAUUUUGAAUUUCUUAGAAAUUAAAUGCUAUACAAUGUUUAAUUUCUUAUACCCUCCCCCACAAUAAGUACAGUACCUACAUACUUUGUUUCAAAUGGGUCCUUACUUUUGCAUGUAGAAAACAAAAUAUAUAAAUAUAAGUUUUUUGUUAAGUAGUUGUCAUUACCUAAUUCUUCCAUCAUUGUAUGCUGGUGUUCCUUCAACAAUGGAUUUGAUAAAAAAAGGUUUGUUUCCAUUGUAUUCUUCAUAACCUCCUACAAUGCAGAAGCCCAGGCUUCCAGCUGUGUUUCUUCGUAAUACAACAUCUUUACAGUUAUAUAAGUACCUGAAAUAGAAUGUAAUCAGUGUAUCUGCACAGUUAAAAGUUUUAACUGUUAAUAUCAUUGUGAUUUCAUCUCCCAUUCCUUUUAUUGGCUUUUUUUUUUAGGCCAAGUAGCACUGGAGAGGUCCCAUUCAAAUUCUCUGAUAGCCCAGUCACCUUCAUACCUUAAGCCAGCUCUUUGUAAUUGAUUCUCUGUUUUCCAUAGCUGAAGACCCUUAAAAAAAUCACGUAUUAUGUUCAGUUUUUAUGUCUUCUGGGAAAGAUAAUCAUAAUUCUGACAAGUUUGAAUAUGCAUUAGCUGAGUAUGCCUGAAUCCUUAUUGAUAAACCAAAGUGAAACAUUCCUGUGAAUAUCUUAAUUUUAUGUACUUGUGUAUAUAAAUUUUUAAUGAAGGCAAAGAUCCUUUGAGUGAAUGAUUAUUAUCAAUGAGAAAAAUUUAAACUUACACUAAUUAAUGAAGUUCUGCAAUUUUCUUGAUCUUUGAAAAAUAUUAGUUGAUACUAAUUUAAGCUCAGAAGCAUGCAGGCAUGAAAAGAAUAGAAAUUGAGGCACAUUUAAAGAUUAUAGGAAUAAAUCAUAUUGGAGGAAAAACAACCUGGCAUAAACUGAAUUAGAAGUUAUAAAAGGAAUGGGGGAAGGAAAGACCACAUCUUUUCUGUAAAUGACUAGAAUCCUCAAAACAGAAAAUGAAAUUAAAGAGGAUCUUUUGCUAUUCAGUGCUCAUCAGAUCAGUGUUCACAUAUGUUCAGGCCAGGUGCAAACUGUGUUCCAGUUACCAUAGAGACAGGUGUGUCAGGAGCUAGAGUUUACUCUGAAAUCUCCCUUGUCCACCUUGUGUAGCUGUAGUUCCAGAACUGGUCUGACAAAAAAUUAGCAUUUUCAUUUUGAUAAGAAUCAAGGUAUGACUGUUUUGUUUAUAAACUGUACCUUAAAAUAUUCAUUAACUGUUUUUUGACACCAAUAAAAAGUCUCUUGUAAAAUA